CCCUUCACUGAUGUAGUCACCACCAACCUGAAGCUAAAGAACCCAUCUGAUGGAAGAGUAUGUUUCAAAGUGAAGACCACAGCUCCCAGGAGAUACUGCGUACGGCCAAACAGCGGCAUCAUCGAUGCCGGUGCUACCGUCACCAUCUCUGGUGAGUCCAGUUACUAGGGGGUGUGAACGUUUUUUUAAAAUUGGUAUCCUUAAUGUUUAGAAAAAUCGCUAACGGGAAAAAACGUUAUAUUUUUUUAUUUCCCUCCGCAAAAUAAAAAUCCCAGUGCCUGCUCUUUCGCUAACGAUACGAGUGUGUCUUCUGUCUUCGGUCUGUUGCGUGUAGAAUGUAUUCAUUGAUGAUUGGCCCUGCUUUACUGAAAAUAGGCUCUAGCCAUACAUUUCUACACUAGGACUUUGUAGAAUUAUACAGAACGUAUAUCAGUGACUAAACAAAUAACUGUUAUAUUUUUUUACAUGGAUAUAUUUCCACAAAUAUUUAUUCAUGCAAUUCAUGGUUUACAAUUUAUUUCACUAUUUAUCACACCUUGGUGCUGAUGUUGCGGGUUGAUUAUGCACCUGGGAGGGUAAAGGCGGGUCUAGUGUUUUAAAAAGCCGUAGUGUACCCUUACAAACAAACAAACAAACAAACAAACAAACAAACCGUAGUGUAAACAAACAAGCCGUAGCCGAGAUGCUUUCAAAGGUAGAAGGCUGCAGUAGAUAGAACUUUGUUGGCCGGCCCGAGCGCUCACACAUACGGAAUAGGACCAUUAUUCUGCGUGGGAUUCUAGAUUUGUUUUCUUAUGGUUUUUUUAAAUGGAAAACCAAUAAAGUGGCUGUUUUUUUAAACGUUAAGCAAAACUGUCCAUUUGUUACAUCCCUACCAGCAACCGCUCAGAGAAUGGGACUCUCGGGCUGGAAUUACGUAGUAUUGGAAUAAUAUUGCAUGACAUCCCCCAUGCGAUAAACUUGGACUGUAACGCCCAGUCUUCCCAGCUCGCGGUCAGUAGUCCCUAACUAGGGAAACCAUUAUUCAUUAAUUUAUUAUCUGAUGGUGUCCUGAAGUAGGAACGGCAUCUAAACUGUACUAGGUUAGCUUGUCCUGGUCUAAAAAACAUGUUCAAUGGAGGAUCAAGUGCUUUUUAGUGCAGCCAGGACUAGUCCUUUAGCUUAUACAGGGAUUGACAUUCACUUUGUCUUUUAGCCACUUUUCCCUCCAGAUUUUUGGGGUUUUUUUUGUCUGAAAGCUCAAGUCACAGGCCAAAAAGUUGUGUUGUAAUGAUGCAAGGAACCACUUCAUAAAAUAACCUUCAUUAUUGUCACUGGUGUUGACAAUGGAAGGCUGCUGCUCUCUGAUCCCAUGUAUUAUAUCUCCUGCCGUUGUGUCCUUGAGCAAGGCACUUAACCCCCCCCCCCACACACACAAAGUAAAAUACUGAUCUGAGAGGCUGCUGUAUAAAACGCAUGUGGUCCAUCAACCUUUCAUCUGGAGAGAUACCGGGUGUGCAGGCUUUUGAUCCAACCCUGCUCAAACACACGAGUCAGCUUAUCAAGGUCCUGUUGAGCAGCGGAUUUUUGACAAUGUGGGUGUGUUAGAGCAGGGCUGGAGUAAAAGCCUGCACACCCAGUAUCUCUCCUGGACUCUCCUGGAGGACGGUUGGCCUCCCUGCACACCCAGUAUCUCUCCUGGAGGACGGUUGGCCUCCCUGCACACCCAGUAUCUCUCCUGGACUCUCUUGGAGGACGGUUGGCCUCCCUGCACACCCAGUAUCUCUCCUGGAGGACGGUUGGCCUCCCUGCACACCCAGUAUCUCUCCUGGAGGACGGUUGGCCUCCCUGCACGCCCAGUAUCUCUCCUGGAGGACGGUUGGCCUCCCUGCACACCCAGUAUCUCUCCUGGAGGACGGUUGGCCUCCCUGCACGCCCAGUAUCUCUCCUGGAGGACGGUUGGCCUCCCUGCACGCCCCAGUAUCUCUCCUGGAGGACGGUUGGCCUCCCUGCACGCCCCAGUAUCUCUCCUGGAGGACGGUUGGCCUCCCUUCACACCCAGUAUCUCUCCUGGAGGACGGGUUGGCCUCCCUGCACACCCAGUAUCUCUCCUGGAGGACGGUUGGCCUCCCUGCACACCCAGUAUCUCUCCUGGAGGACGGUUGGCCUCCCUGCACACCCAGUAUCUCUCCUGGAGGACGGGUUGGCCUCCCUGCACACCCAGUAUCUCUCCUGGAGGACGGUUGGCCUCCCUGCACACCCAGAAUCUCUCCAGACCACCAUGCAACAUUACAAUUACAACCAAAUACUUUUUAUGUCUUUAUAAAAUAAUUCCCUCAUUCAAUGAACCAGGGAUCCAAUGGCUAAGGUGUGGGAGGUAGCUAACUGAGAUGUUGAUCUAUUUGGAAGGUUAAAAUAUUAAGUGUUCCAGGGAGAUCUUGACAGCGUACGAGCUACUUGUCAGUUAGGCUAUUCUGAUAUAUAUAUAUAUAUAUUUUAUUUUUUUACUUUGUCAGAAUUACAUGGCCAGUAUUGAAUAGAGGAGAAUCAUAGCCAAUGUUGAGCUCUUGAGACUGUUUAACAACUGGUGUGUGCAGCACUGGUUUAAUCAACUGCUUGUUGGCCGUUUGGGAUUAUAUGGUCGAAAGUUAUUUUAAAACAUCAGACAUGAGUGACAUUAACACAUGCUAAUAGCUAAAUAGCUAACUAGCGAGAAGCAGCCAAACUACACUAUGUUUUGAGUUGGUCAUCUAGUUAGUCUGUGUAUCAUUAUUUGACCUGCUGCGCAAGUCUCUCACUCUCCUCUCUCUCUCUUUCUCUAUUUCUUCUUCAAUUUAUAGUUUUUAUGUCAAUCCCUGUUUAUAGUUGUAGUAGUUAAAAAAAAAAAAAAAAAAAAAAAAAACGGAUUACUUAUAGUGUAAAUCAAGCACUCUUUUGAUUGUUUUUUUGCAGACGAGUUUGUUUUCAAUCUAUUCCAGUAAUGCUCCAGCCCUUUGACUACGACCCCAAUGAGAAAAGCAAACACAAAUUCAUGGUCCAGAGCAUCUUUGCUCCUCCCAAUGUUGCCGAGAUGGAUGCAAUGGUGAGUGGUUCUAACUUGUUACUGUCGUGAUCUGCCACAUCAAGGGUAUUCUAAUUACAUUUUACAUUUUAGUCAUUUAGCAGACGCUCUUAUCCGGAGCGACUUUACAGGAGCAAGUAGGGUUAAGUGCCUUGCUCAAGGGCACAUCGACAGAUUUUUCUCCUAGUUGGCUCGGGGAUUAGAACCAGCGACCUUUCGUUUACUGGCACAACGCUCUUAACCACUAAGCUACCUGCCGCCCCUACGAGGUCUGGACUACUGCUGGUUUUGUGUUUUUUACCUGAUAAUUAAUUGCACCCAGCUGGUGUCCCAGGUCUAAAUCGGUCCCUGAUUUAGAGGGGAAGAAAGAAAAAAAAGUAGUGGUACUGACUUCGAUCUUACACCUCACUGUGUUAUCUAUGACUUAACCCAGUCGUGGUAGUUUCCCCUCUAGUCCAGCAGAGGGCAGCAACAGUCGUGGUAGUUUCCCCUCUAGUCCAGCAGAGGGCAGCAACAGUCGUGGUAGUUUCCCCUCUAGUCCAGCAGAGGGCAGCAACAGUCGUGGUAGUUUCCCCUCUAGUCCAGCAGAGGGCAGCAAUCCUCUGUCAAAACCAAGCCCAUUCUCUGAAUCUCUCCUCUACUGCAGUUUAUCUCCCCACACAACAUCACAGUGACAACAAGUACAGGGAAGAUAUCUACAGAGCUUCAAUGAUUGGCUAAGAGCUGAAUAGUUGAAUGAUAAUGGAAUAGUUUGUUGCAAGAUUUCUCCUCCACCCGCCAUGGUCUGUCUGUCUGUCUGUGUGUGUGUGUGUGUGUGUGUGUGUGUGUGUCUGUGUGUGCGAGAGAGAGAGAGAUGGGGUGUGUAUAUAGAGUUCAGCUGCUAGUAGUUUAGUCUGAUGAAUAACAUGCGUAUGUAUUCCUCCCCUCCCCUCUUCCAGUGGAAAGAUGCAAAACCAGAUGAUCUCAUGGAUUCCAAGCUGAGAUGUGUAUUUGACCAGCCUUCUGAAAACAAUAAAGUGGUAAGUCCUGCUGCUGCUCCAACGCACAGAGGAGGGAGGGAGGAGGGAGGGGGAGGAACGGAGGAACAGAGGGAGGGGGAGGAACGGAGGGAGAGCGAGAGGGAGGAACGGAUGGAGAGCGAGAGGGAGGAAACGGGGGAGGAAUCGUGAGGGAGGAGGGCGGACGGAGGGAUGGGGAGGAACAUAGGGAAGGGUGGAAAUGGAGGACCAGGAGGGAGGAGGAAGGAGGUGAGGGGGGAGGACGGAGGGGAGGGAGUGUAGGAUGACGGAGGAGGAGUUUUUUCGUUAUUGUGUAGAACGAGUUGUAUUGAUUUAUAUCUUGAGCAAUGAGUUACAAUCUUGUUACCACUUUCCAUCUCAACAUAACCAAAUGCCACCAUUUGUGUUUUUGGAGAGAGCGCGAGCGAGGGUUAAUAAUUUCUACCAGUCUGCCUGUUAUCACUUUCAUAUGCACAUUUCAAUUAUGAUAACGUCUUCAUAUCUUAUAAUCAUUGUCAUGUGGCUAAAUCUAAAUUCUAUCUAAAUGAAAAUGAUACAAAUCUAAAAGUUCAAAAUAAUGUAAUGUAAAGACGCCUGCCUCCACCAAAUGGACACCUUGUAUCUGCUAGCUGUUGGCUGUUGGCUGGAGAGGUGCCAAGACCAGAAGAGCCACAUUUGCUAUUUAAUGCAACAGUUUUUCUGACAAAACUAUCGGUAGAGUUGAAAAUGCGACGUAAACACAUUGAACAACAGUACUUGUUAUCUUUCAUUAAAAAAAAUAUCUUUGAUUUGAGCCUGCCCAGAUGUUUGGUGUUUGCAUUUGUGGGAUUAUUUCGAUGGUUAUAUUGCAGCCAGGCAAACUCAAGUCAGCAUCAGAUAAAGUACUUGGGGGGGAAAAACAAGUACUGUUUGAACCCCAGGUCUAGUCUGGACAGUGUCCUAACCUCCUGUCCUCAGCACCAGACCAGCACCUGGUCCCAGAUCUGUUUGUGCCGUCUGGCCAACUCAAAUGGUCACUAGUUGGCCAGACAGCACAAACAGAUCUGGCUAAGGACACUGCUGGGUUUUUCUUUAGUGGUUUUUCUUUUUAACGUUCUCCAUGUCUGCAAAAGGCACCCUAUUCCCUAUAUAGUGCACUACUUGUGACUAGAGCCCUUUUUUGAAGCCCUGGUCAAAAGUAGUGCGCUAAAUAUAUAAGGGUGUCAUUUGGGACGUGACCUUAGUGGUUUCUCUCUCCGUUGUCCUUCCAUCCAGAAUGAGGUGGAUGCCAGCAGCAAAGCGGCAGCCCCUGUGCUGAACUUGUCCAAGGCGGUGGACGGUCCCGUGGUAACAGCGGCUAAGACCAUCAGCGCCUCGAUGGACGACUCCGAGAUGAAGAAACUAACGGAGGAGUGCAAGAGACUGCGAGCUGAGAUGGACAAGCUGACCAACGAGAACCUACAACUCAAGGUAAGGCCUCGAGGUUAUCUCUGCCGUAGAGACUGCCAGAGGUAGACAGUGAGUACGGUUACAUGCACACGAUAAUACGAUUGUUGAUGGUCAGAUUUAAUAUAAUAGUUGUUUAAAACGUUUACAUGCUUUUGCAAGAAUAAUGAUUUCCCUAAUAAUCCUGUUUCCAUCCAAAUGAACAUUCUCCCACAAGCGACCAUGUUAUUGUUUGCGAAGCCUAUUUGAUUCUGAGUUCGGACAUGUGAAAACUAAGAUUCAUAAUGUCGGUUUUUCCGAACUCACUUCACUCACGCACAAGAGGGAGGCUUGGCACAUGCGCAGAUCAGAUACGCUGCUGGUCGCGCCCAAUGAGCUUUCUGCUAAUUAGAAAGAUUUCUCAGAAAAGCAGGUUUUAAUUGCCGUAUGUUCACUUCCAUUUUGACUUAACGGCGAUUUUUAAAGAUGAGCAGAGUAAGGUGUUUACGUGACUGUUGCCAUACUCGGCCUUCUGACACAAUCAGUUUAAUAUCGAAUUAUAAGUGUGUAGGUAAACGUACUUAUUAACUAGAAGACUAUUGUAACUGUUAGCAACGAGGUUACUAGGUAAACAGGAGACUGCAGGCUGAGAUGGGGAAACUGACAGAACAGACAACUCAUCGUUUAGAGGCACAGAUAGAUUCACAAGCUUAACCGACAACUCAAGGUUAGUCACAUAUUAUUGUUGGGGCGAUAGCAUUGGUUGAAGCUCGAUGUUAAAUUCAAACCAUAUCUAAGCCAAUGUGACACCAAUGUCAAUGAACAUUUGUAAAUCAACUUGAUUGGACGAACACAACCCACUCCCCCGCCCCUCGUCAUGCGCCGUCCAACCGUUACCGAGAACCACAUAUUGGAUUAAAAAAAAUAUAUAUAUACAAUUUCUUGCCCCGACUAGCUCAAUAUCUUGGCAUCGGGUAAGAACGAGACUACAUCGUCCAUAAAGUGACCGUUAGACUUGCCACCUUUUCAGACUGAAUAAAAUUGUAGGGGGCAACAGUUUUGAUUAAAUAUAUAAUUUAUCGCUCUCACAUGCUCAUUUUCUGUCCAUUUUAAAAACCAACGAGGUGCUACCUUUUUGUAGCAUGCUAACAUAUUUUCAGCCAAAUCUCUUGAGUUCUAAAACCGGACCAAACACUUGGGUUGCACAGCAACAGCGCUAGUAGCUAGCGAACACCAGUCGGAUGAGAGGCUACAAUAAAAAGCUAGCUAGAUUUUGCUAUGAAAGGUUUUUCACAUGGCUGUGUAAACUGGCUGUGUAAACUGGCUGUGUAAACUGGCUGUGUAAACUGUUGGCUUUGACACUUUCAUGUAAUCAGAGCACAAACAAAUAAGCAUAAAUAAGAUGGCGAACGUCCUUCGCUACUAUUGCCAGUUAGCUAGCUAACUAACGUGAGCCAGUAACGUUAGCUAGCUAACUAACGUGAGCCAGUAACGUUAGCUAGCUAGCUUCAAGCCGACAAGGGGUUAACAUUAGCUGUAUGGACAGAUUGCGAUGCACCGGCACAACUCAAUGUUUUUUUUUUUGUCAUUUAGCAGACGCUCUUAUCCAGAGCGACUUACAGGAGCAAUUAGGGUUAAGUGCCUUGCUCAAGGGCACAUCGAUAGAUUUUUCACCUAGUCGGCUCAGGGAUUAGAACCAGCGACCUUUCGGUUACUGGCACUACGCUCUUAACCACUAAGCUACCUGCCGCCCAUGUUGACUUUCUCCCACAUUUUUCCACAAAGCACAGCUAGCUAGCUAAGUAAAGUUAAUAGUCAACACCAAAACUUUGGGAACCUGUCACACUGCUAAUGUAUAAUACAUGCAAUGGGCAUUGCUCAUCUAACGUUAAAGUUAACGUUACUCCAUACACUAGUCAACCUAGCUUGCUUAGCAAUGUAGCUAGCUAACUUUACAGCCCUUACCUUAUGCAUUAAUUCAGCACGCUCCCUCUGUCAAUGACAUUUUCUUGUCAUUAUACGCCAGAUUUGCUCUGACUAACAGUGUCAAGUUACUUUUCAAUGUGUUCCCAUCCAAGUAAAAAGUAGCCAGGGGGUGCUGGUGCACCCAGGUUAAAAUGACACCAACAUCAUUGCUUGCGCGACCUUUGCGCAGGCAAAAGAAAACACCAUGCUUGCCAACAUGGUUAGCUAUGUGAAUGUUUUCAACACACCAACUGUUUUUAGACUGUUUUGUAACCAACCAAGCAAGAUAGACGACAACAUACUGUCCAUUUUUAAAUACUGCCAAAUUCUCUAAAACAAAAUUGGAGGCGGCUUAUGGUAGAUAAAUGAACAUUUAAUUAUCUGGCAACAGCUCUGGUGGACAUUCCUGCAUUUAGCAUGCCAAUUUCACGCUCCCUCAACUUGAGACAUCUGUGGCGUUGUGUGACAAAACAGCACAUUUUAGUGGCCUUUUUAUUGUCCCCGGCACAAGGUGCACCUGUGUAAUGAUCAUGCUGUUUAAUCAUCUUCUUGAUAAUCCACCUGACAGAUGGAUGGAUUAUGUUGGCAAAGGAGAAACGCUCACUAACGGGGAUGUGAACAAAUAUGUGCACAGUAGCUAUGUGGGUCUAUUGUACUAAAAACAAUAUGAAUGCAGGUUGCUUAGGAUUCAAACCUUCUAAUAACAGAUCACAUCAAUAUGGCUAGUUAACAAGCUAACUUGCAGGGGAUAAACUAGAUGGCUAAAUGUUGUUUGAUUUGCUUGCCAUCUAUACUAUAGUGGUGAUGACAACUUUACCAGGACGAGGACUUGCCGACAUCAAACUCUUUCCAAAAGCCAGAUGUAUAUAGGCUACCCUCAAUUAUCUGAAAAUACACGAUCACUUGAUGUUUACUGAUCAUGAAAAGCAUAACAGUUACUUGCUGUAUAAUUAUGAUGGAGCUAAAUGUGGAAUAAUCAGAAAUGUGUAGUUCUGACUAUACUCUUCAAGAGGUGACGAUAUUAAAACCAAAUAGUUACAUUUAUUCAACAAACCCUUGAAAACGGUAUGUAGCGGAGCUGGGGGUCGCCCUGCCUUGCACCGUAAUGUGACGUUUUAUUGGUAACUGAUAACUACAGGUUUAGGGUCAUAGAUGAACAAGACUGCAGGCUGAAAUGGGAAAAACUGACUUAGGAGAACAGACUGAUUUGAACUGUUAGCAACUAAGGGUUAGUCGGUACAUAGUAUUUAAAGGGGAAACUAAACAGAAGAAGCAGCAGUUAAACGUUUUCUGUAGAGAACUACUACUAUUUCCUUGUUUGAUCUUUUUUUUUUCUUGUGUUGUGCAGUGUUUGAUAUGUGCAUCCCCCUCCUCUCUUCCCUAUCUUUCUCGCUCCCUCUCUCCUCUUUCCCCAUCUCUCCUUUCUCUCUUUCCCACUUUCUUUCUCCUCUCUCGCUCUCUCCUCUUUCUUUCUCGCUCUCCUCUCUCUCUUCUUUCCCUCUCCUUUUUCUCCUCUCUCCCCCCUCACCCAUCUCUCCUCUUUCUCCUCUCUUUCUCCUCUCUUUCUCUCCUCUUUCUCUCCUCUUUCACCGUCCCGGGAAACAUUUGGAUGACCACACCAGUGCCUUCUCCUUGGUGUAUCCCAAGUCGUUUCCACUGAGGUGGAUGACUAGGAUGUCAGGGAGAAGUAGCUCAGGUCCUCUGCUGGUGCAGAACACAGAGCAGUUUGUGUCACUUCAUGCCUUGCUCUCUGAGCCACCUAAUGUGACAGUCUAUGUAUGGAAACAGUUCAUGCUACAUGUUGAUUAUUGGUGUGUUUUCCAGGAGCUCGUCUUAAGACAUCAGUUUACUCCAUAUUGGCUUAAAUGGGUUUCUGGUUUUUCGCUUCUCUGGAAUAUCAGCUGUUUUAAUAUUAAAUAAGUACUAAUAACCACGUUAUUUCUGUUGCCAUUUAACAUUGUGUAUUUCUACUUUACUUGUAACCCUCCUUUCUCGUUGUCUCACUAUCUCCUAUCACUCUCCUCUCUCUCCCUUCUCCCCCUUCUCUCUUCUCUCCACUUCCCCCCCCCUCUCUCUCUCUCUGGCCCUCUCUCUCUCUCUCUCUGGCCCUCUCUCUCUCUCUCUCUGGCCCUCUCUCUCUCUCUCUCUGGCCUCUCUCUCUCUCUCUCUCUGGCCCUCUCUCUCUCUCUCUCUGGCCCUCUCUCUCUCUCUCUCUCUGGCCCUCUCCUCUCCUCUCUCUCUCUGCCUCUCUCUCUCUCUCUCUCUGGCCCUCUCUCUCUCUCUCUCUCUGGCCCUCUCUCUCUCUCUCUCUAUGGCCACUCUCUCUCUCUCUCUCCUGCCCUCUCUUCUGGCCCUGCUCUUCUCUGGUCCCUCUAUCUCUGGGCCCUCUCUUCUCUCUGGCCCUCUCUCUCUCUGGCCCUCAUCUCUCUGGCCUCUCUCUCUGGCCCUCCUCUCUCUCUCUCUCUCUCUCUCUCUCUCUCUCUGUCUCUGUCUCUGUCUCUGUCUCUGUCUCUGUCUCUGUAUCUGUAUCUGUCUCUGUCUCUGUUCUGUCUCUGUCUCUGUAUCUGUCUCUGGCUCUGGCUUGGCUCUGGCUCUGGCUCUCUCUCUGGCUCUCUCUCUGGCUCUCUCUGGCUCUCUCUGGCUCUCUCUCUGGCUCUUCUCUGGCUCUCUUCUGGUCUCUCUCUGGCUCUCAUCUGGCUCUCUUGCUCUCUCUCCUCUCUCUCUAUCUCUCUCUCUCUCUACUCUCUAUCUCUCUCUCUCUCUCUCUCAUCUUCUAUCUCUCUCUAGCUCUCUCUCUCUCUUCUCUAUCUCUCUCUCUCUCUCUCUCUAUCUCGGACCUCCUCUCUCUACUACUCUCUCUCUGGCCCUCUCUCUCUAUCUCUCUCUCUCUGGCCCUCUCUUCUAUAUCUAUCCUCUCUCUCUACUACUACUCUCUCUCUCUUCUCUCUCUCUCUGGCCCUCCUCUAUCUCUCUCUCUCUCUCUCUCUCUCUCUCUCUACUACUCUCUCUCUCUGGCCCUCCUCUAUCUCUCUCUCUCUCUCUCUCUCUCUCUCUCUACUACUCUCUCUCUCUGGCCCUCCUCUCUCUAUCUCUCUCUCUACUACUCUCUCUCUCUCUCUACUACCUCUCUCUCUCUCUCUCUCUCUCUCUCUCUCUCUCUCUCUCUGGCCCUCCUCUCUCUCUCUCUCUCUCUCUGGCCCUCCUCUCUCCUUUUUCUCCUGUCUCCUCUUUCUACCCAUCCAAGGACGACGGUGUUAGAAUGAGAAGGGCUGCCCAGCGUUCUGACCACAUGGCAUCAAACCAGACUGGCUCCUCCUCCUCCUCCAUGAUGCAACAGACGACCUCCCUUCCCUCUCUCCUCGUUGUCAUAGCAGCCAUCUUCAUCGGAUUCUUCAUUGGGAAGUUUAUCUUGUAAACUGGAGCUCUGAAACGGCACCCUAUUCCCUAUGUAGUGCACUACUUUUGAACAGAACUGAUAGGGAGUCCCAUAAGGCUCUGGUUAAAAAUAGUGCACUACGUGGGGAAUAGGGUGCCGUUUCGGACAGAGCGCCCUGGGAGACUCAAGACAACCCCUCGGCUCCGGAAUCAAAAUGCCUAGAUGGAACUGACUAAACCAAGAAGAAGUCGUCUUUCUGUUGACUCUGUUGCCAUAUCAGAAGUAGUGCUCUGUCUGCAGUAGCCACGUCGUCUGUCUGCUCUGCAUCAGAAGUACCAGGGCCCCGCUGCCUUUUUACAAGCGCUUACACGGU